GCUUACACACACAUACACACAUACACAGAACGGAAAGUGGUGAAACAUUAUCUUACGCGCUUUUGUUUUGCGGACAAUCCCUCGGAGUCUGGAGGGGGGAAGAUCGAUUAUCUGAUCGGAAACUCAGCGCAUCCGUCUGCUAUCUCGCUGCAAGGAGGCAUCAGGAAACUGAAGAGGGGAGACAACGUGUUGUGAAUACAGAAGAGAGCAACUAUUGACACCUACAGCCCACCAAUGUGCUGUGCGCCUGGACAAAGCUGAACGCACACCGCUGCGAAGGAUCUACCUUUCCAUCACCUCCGACUGUGACUCAUCCUCCAUCCAUACAUGCUUUUAUUUAUUUUUUAUUAUUUUUUUUUAACUAACUAAGUAUCUCCUCAUCUUUCUUCUCCAUCCCAGUGGGGACAAACUGGCCACCUGCCAUCGGUCUGCCACGAAGCGCACAAAAAACCAAACGCUCUAAAAACAAACCCGUUUGUGGUUCUGACAUGUUCUAAGUUCUAUCUGGACUGGAUCUAUUAUGGCUUCGUUGUAUCAGAGAUUCACCGGGAAGAUCAAUACGACCAAUUCCUUCCCGCACCCACCUGAGGCCAGCCACCUUCUCGGUGGACAGGUUGCAGACGAGGAGAACGCAGCGAAGACCCCUCAGCCCCUCGUCGAUGGCAGACCUCACGUGCAAUACCGCAAAAAAUGCGUGCGGGAGGACGAGGAUGACCUGGUGGGCAGUGCUCCAGCGCAGAGGAACUGGAAGGGAAUAGCGAUUGCUCUGCUGGUCAUCCUCAUCAUCUGUUCUCUGAUUGUCACCUCCGUCAUUCUGCUGACCCCUCGUGAAGAUGACAGUCUUGCCCUUAAGAAGAAAGUGACGGUAGAGGAUGUCUAUGGUCCAGACCUUCGCAUUCAUGACCCAGACGCCAAAUGGCUCAGCGACAAUGAACUCAUGUAUCGUACAAGGGAUGGGGAUGUUGUUAAGCUUAACGUCGACACAAAAGAGGUGACCGUGGUGGUGCCGAACCAGCUCUUUGACAGAGCCAAGGCUGCCAAGUAUCAAGUAUCUCCAGACAUGCGACAUGUGCUGUUUGCAUUUGAAGUGAAACCGAUCUACCAACACUCCUACGUGGCCAAGUAUAUAAUUUACAGCCUCGACACACAGGAAACUUGGCCUCUGAAUCCCCCUGAAGUGCGCGAUGCUGUCCUGCAGUUUGCUGGAUGGGGCCCUCUGGACCAGCAGCUGAUCUUCAUAUUUGAAAACAACAUCUACUACAGAUCAAGAGUGGACAAACCAACAAUCCGCCUGGUUUCCACCGGUAAAGAGGGGGUCAUCUUCAAUGGUUUGGCCGACUGGCUCUAUGAAGAGGAGAUCCUGCAGAGCCACAUAGCCCACUGGUGGUCUCCAGACGGGCUGCGUAUGGCCUACAUGACCAUCAAUGACACGCUGGUGCCCAAGAUGGAAGUCCCCUUUUUCACAGGAAUGUCGUACCCCACCAGCCUGGAGUACCAUUACCCAAAGGCCGGGGAGGAAAACCCCAUAGUUCAUCUGUCAGUGGUGAGCUUCAACGGUCCCCUGCAUACGGUGGCGAUGAAGAAACCCGAUGACCCCCGAAUAGGGAGAGAAUAUUAUAUCACCAUGGUGAAGUGGGCCACCAGCACCAAACUGGCUGUCAACUGGCUGAACCGAGCGCAGAACAACUCCAUCCUGACGCUGUGUGAGGCGACAACUGGAGUCUGCAUCAAGAAACAUGAGGAUGAGAGCGAGAGCUGGUUGCACAGACAGAAUGAAGCGCCACUCUUUUCCCAAGACGGACACAAGUUCUUCUUCACCAGAGCGAUACCUCAGGGUGGGAGGGGGAAAUUUUUCCACAUCUCCAUGUCCACCUCUUUGCCUAAUACCAGCACAGACAUCCUUCAGUCUCUGACCUCUGGAGACUGGGACGUCACCAGCAUCUUGGCUUAUAAUCAUGAACGGAACCUCAUAUACUUCCUGAGCACAGAAGAUGAUCCUAAAACACGGCACUUGUACAGUGCAGACACUAUUCCUCCAUUCAACCGCUGCUGCCUGUCGUGUGAGUUCAAGUGCAGAUAUGUGGAUGUUUCAUUCAGCCACAACAUGCAGUACUUCGUACUCAACUGUAAAGGUCCAGAUAUACCAAGUGUGGCUGUUUAUAGCACCGAUGACAAACAGAAGGUGUUCAAUGUGGAGACCAAUGACAGAGUGAACACCACGUACCAUAACAUGCAGAUGCCCAGAGUGGAGUAUAAAAUUAUCACCAUUGACGACUACAUUCUGACGAUGCAGAUCCUGAAACCAGCUGGAUUUGUAGAUACAUCCCAUUACCCCUUACUGCUGCUAGUGGACGGGACACCUGGCGGACAGAUGGUGACCGAGCAGUUUCAAGUGGACUGGGCCACGGUUCUGGUCAGCAGCUUCAGCACCAUCGUCAUUCGCUUCGACGGCCACGGCAGCGGCUUUCAAGGCACCAACCUCCUCCACAAGGUCAGGAGGAAGCUGGGGAAGCUGGAGGAGCGAGACCAGCUGGAGGCGCUCAGGUUCAUAUCCAAAGAGACUUAUAUUGACAAGAAUCGAAUGGGUGUUUACGGAAAGGCCUAUGGAGGAUACUUAGCUACUCUGCUCUUAAGCUCUGAGGAGUUUAACCAACUUAAAUGUGGAACAGCAGUCUCCCCCAUCACAGACUUUGAGCUUUAUGCAUCUGCAUUUUCAGAACGAUAUCUUGGCUCAAAGACGGAUUCUCGAGUGUAUACGAUGGCAAAUUUAGGACACAGAGCAGGUCAGCUCGUGGAUAAGCAGUACUUGAUAGUUCAUCCCACCGCUGACGAAAAGGUCCACUUUCAGCACACAGCCAAGUUUAUCAACCAUUUAAUCAGCGAGAAGGCCAAUUAUACUCUACAGAUCUACCCAGAUGAGGGACACUUCCUGCACAGUGAGGGGACGCAGCAACACCUGAGCCAGUCUCUGGUCAACUUCUUUGAGGAGUGUUUCCGGAUGCCGGAGGUUCUGACAGAAGACCAGCUGGAAGAGGACGACAGUUAGACCCGCUCCAGCCUCAGCCACCUCUACAGCACAAUAUGCAACAUAUCUUUGUAACCGAAUCGACCCUCUCCUCCUGCUGUCCAGUCUGGUUUUAGGUCUACUCUGAAGUGCAGAGCCUGCAUGUGCAAGGCCCCUCUCCUCACCUUGUGCUGGCAAGGAAAUCAGGCCGAAGGAUGACGACUAAAUCUCAGAUGUGAACAGUCUUCUCUGUCUUUGCUGUUGGACUAAAUGGACAUAGUAUUAAAGGAGCUGUCUCUGUAGUACUCCCUCUGGUGGACGGAUAGAGGAUCAACGUAACGUCCCCUUCAGCAGCGCGUCUCCAUUCCAACCCUGCCACAUUAAUCGAGCGCUUUGCAGCACAAAAUACCCCUUAUCAGAUCAGUUCAUUAUGUUGACAUUUAACUUCUGAAAGGCUGCCAGUAUCUGAUAACCUUGCCAACCAACUUACUGACUGUUGUGUUCCUGAGUAUGAUUACUGCUACUUGUUUCUCUGAAUUUCUCUGUUCAGUGUCUUACGAUAGUAUUGUGUCUAUGAGUGGAUGUCUGGCUGCAUCAGUCCUUAGUUGCUGUACAAAACAAGGGCACAAUGAUAAUUUGUGUUGAACUCCAAAAAAACGACAUGUCUAUACAAAAAUGAUAUGAAACCAUAUUUUCCCUUUGCAUAUUUCUGAAUUCAACUAUGGUUCUUUUAGUCACUGUGCCUUACUGUGGGUGAAGUGUUUAUGUUAGGAGCCCACUGACACUUUGAACAAGUGAAUACGAAUAGGCCUUGUCUGAACGGUGCAUUCUGUUGAUAACUCGAAGCCAGACCACCGAUUAAUUUUUCUCAAAGUUUGUUUAAAAAGUCAAGUUAUGGCACAUUUUGUCUCAAAAUCAUAGAAAACUGUAUCUGCUGGAAAGAUGGUAUUAAAAAAAAAAAUAUAUUAUUAAUAUUUAGUUUGCAAAUACAAUUCAUGACAUUUACCUUCUGAACUGACAUACUGGUGAGUUAACUAUGCUGAAUUUCCAUUAUUUAGUGGAUUUAUUUGAAUUGUGUGUUAAACGGCUUGACUUUCUGUUAGUAUUGUCAGUGGUUUCUAGUCAGCUGAUGUACAAAGUGUAUAAAUCUUAUAUUGUUUAAGUCUUUAUGUUGUAUGUGCAACUUGUAUAUAAAGCAUUUUGAAAUGUA